CUCGGACUUUGCCCACCAACUGAAAGGCUGCCCCUGCACGCCAUCGAGGAAAGGCAGCAACACCAAACGACUCUCCCCGCACAUCCCAAACAGUCAGCGGCUGCGUGCAGGGCCAUAACAAUGAAUGCCUCGCAAGCAAAACAGCGCGGCGCGCGCUGCUACGUGGCCAAGGACUAUGCUGGAGCCGUGAGGUGCUUCACAGAGGCGAUCGAGCGCGCCGAUGGCAAUGACAUGGAUUUGCAUCUUUACCACUCGAAUCGGUGCGCCGCGUACCAGCAGCUCGGACGCUGGCGAGAGGCCCUAGACGAUGCCGAGGCGACGGUGCAAAUCUCGCCGACGUGGGCCAAGGGCUGGUCGCGACUGGGUGCUUGCCUCGAGCGCGACCCGCGGCGGCGCGGCGAGGCAGCUGCUGCCUAUGCGCGCGCGGCCGAACUGGACCCGACCGGACGACCGCCGCCGCGGCAAAGCGACGGUCUGGACGCGGUCACGCGGGUCCGGAUCUGGUACGAAGGGCUCGACGGCUUGAACAAAGCAGGCGUAUGGGCCGCGGCGUUGUUCGCGCUCUACUUCCUGUCGAUUAUCAUGGGCGGCUCGCGUCGCGGCUACGCGCCGCCUCGGCGGCGAAACGCCGCCUACGAACGGGAAUACGACGACUAUCGACCUUCCUACUACGGCGGCGGCGGCGGCCAGGGCCUCGGAACGAUGGGCCUCGCGGCACUCAUGCUCGCGGCCUGGAAACUGCCGCCGUACUUUGGGCACCAACCCUUCCUGGGCAUGGGUCCCAUGCAGUUCAUGUGGCUCGUGCAGAUGCUCACGGGGCAGCGGCGCGGCUUCGGGCGUGGUAUUGGGCGCGGUUUUGGGCGGGGGUUCGGGCGGCGGCGGGGGUUCUUCUAA